UGAGUAAACACAAUUUUAUUCAGGAUUAUGCACCAUUUGAAUACAACAGAAAGUAAAAUAAUAACGGUCUAAAACUAGAUUUUGACACCAGUCCCUUGCAUUCAAAAUCUUACCAAAAAAAAGUACCAAAAGUAAAAGUACUCAUUAUGCAGAAUGGCCAGUUUCAAAAUAAUACAUAUAGUAUAAUAUCACUGAUUGUAAUUUAUGAUGCAUUCAUGUGUACAUCACUUUAAUGUUGGAGCUGGUAAAGGUGGAGCUUAUUUUAACUACUUUAUUUACUGCUGGGUAGCUUAAUUACAUCAUAAUUUAUUAUGGAGUAGAGUUGAAGUGUAAAGUAGUAGAAAAUGGAAAUACUCAAGUAGCAUACAAGUACCUCAAAAUUGUACUUAAGUACAAUACUUGAGUAAAGGUACUUAGUUACUUUCCACCGCUGACUGUAGAGCAUGUUGAGGUCACUUUGUAACCUCACCACCUCUAUGGAAACACUGUAGGAAUUUGUCCUUGGCAUCCUGAAGUUGGACAGUCGGGGAUUUUUUUUCCACGCGUCCGUUCGAAAAACUUCCCCGACCAAUCCCCGUGCAGCUCUGGUGCAGCGGCUCCUCCUCUCUGCUGCCUGCCUGCUCCCACAUGUAACGUUAUCACCCUCCGUCCGUCUGUUGCAUUGUCUCAUCAGGGACGCAGCGCAGGCUCCGGAGCCCAGCACCAUGGUAACUGCACCGGACCGGGAAGCUUAUGACAUGAACAAGGGGACAGUGUCAACAGGAAAUUAAGCGGGGAUUAAUAUGAGACAUGACUCGUUGAUGUUCCUUCAGUGUACCGGUGGAUUCAUUUAUUCUAGUCUUGUGCCAGCCAGCAGGGCAGCCUGAAGCUGUAGGCUGCAUGGCACGUUAGAGAUGGUGAGGAUAAUGUUUUCCUUAUUGCGUUAAUUCAAGCGACUGCUAUGUUGCUAUCGCUCGUCCGGACCCGUGUUGCUCUACCUGGAACUGGACCUUAGCCCGUUCAUCCCUCUCAAUCAUUGUACGGCAAGUGAGCGGUGGUCAGCGGUGCGCCCCUGGUUCCGCCUGCCGGCACCCCGACGAGGAUGGCCGGCCGCCGCGGCUGCGUGAACUCGCUCUGGUCGGGCACCGAGCGCGACCGCAUCGGAGAGCGCCUCAAAGCGACGCUGGCCGGGGUGCUGGAGCUGGAGGUGCUCAGGUGCAAACACCUGGAGAUGGUGGACGCCGCUCUUGAGGACCGAGCCCCCGCUGCCGCCAACGCCGAAGAGCCACGGCCGGAGGAGGGGAGCGGAGCCCCGGAGAGCGCCGCCUCGGACGCCGAGCAUGGCUCUGCUACAUCCCGCAGGCAACAGGCUCCGUCUCCCUCAGAUAUAGUGGUAUUGCCCUGUCAGAGCAGCUCAGAGGACUGUGGCAGUAAUUCGGGGGAUGGGCCGGUCCACUCCUCAUCUGGCAGGGGGGGGAGUAACUCACGCUGGUCUACUCUGUCCUGGGAUGCCCCCUCUGACCUGCUCUCUCCACCAACACCGGACCCCAGUGGUACAGUCCAUCUGGACAGUGACUCCAGACCUAGUUCAGGUUUCUAUUCAGUGAGCGGGAGCUCUCUCUCAGACUCUUGCUACUCUGUGUCCAGUGAUGCUGCUCAGGGAGGAUCUGCGCCACCGGCCAGACCUCUGAAGCUGUGGGAGCAGGUUCCUCUGUCUGCUGACAACACUGACCUCCUGUGGUCAGAAGGUGCAGUGCAGCAGCCGCAGCAGCAGCAGCCUGCACUGCAGAACAGCCAGGAAGACCGUGAACCAACAGAAGGGACACCAGUUUCAGUCCAAAGUGACCUUGAAGCGACUGGUCUGAGCUUUCUGUCUGACCUCUGCUCAGGACUCGGUGACUCCCUGAUUUCUUCCCUCCUUCUGCUUAUCGACCCCACCUCCUCUUCCUCCACCUCUUCCCUCAAUCCGAAACCCCAGCUGGACCCUCGCUACUGCACAGACCUGGUGUCCCGUCGGACCAAAGAGGUGUACCCCUAUCCCAGCCCACUGCAUGCUGUAGCCCUCCAGAGCCCCCUCUUCACCUCCCAGAGCCAGGAGCCGUCAGCGUCUCAGAGUCCUGAAGAACCCCAACUAGAUGAACCACAAGAGUCCAACACUGAUCCAACUCUGUCUCUCCAGCCCCCUGCACCGGCUUCCGUCACCCAGCUGGAGCAGUACAUCUCUCGACUGGCUCGCCAGUACCACAGACGGGUAACCACCUCCACCUCUGAUCUCACUUCAGCUGCCACCCCUGGUCCAGUCACACACAGAGGCCUUUGCACCCCUGGCAAAAGUCACGGUUCCACCCAAUCCCUUUCUGCCUUCGAAAGCCGCAGUACACUCAGCAUAACUCCCAGUAAGUCAUUGCUGGGAAACUCUGCCAGAGUCAGCCUCAGCACUACUGGGAAAAAAGCCACUAGGAAUUCAAUCAAUCUGGGUAACCUUCCUUCAGCAACCGGAGAGGACUUGAACAUAAAUCUGCAUCUCAACCUCAACUUGAACCUGACUCCUGGUUUAAAUUCUAGCCGGGGACUGGGGGACAAUUCCAAAAAUGGCAGUUUGAGGAGUGACUUUGCUGCAGCUUCCACGGCUUCUGCUACAUCACUCUCCUCCACUACACCCACCCCAGCACUUAGGGCUCGCCCUCGCAUUUCAACAUGUCCAAGCAGCCUGAGCCACCGCAGUUCUCUGGAAGUCACUUCAGGGUCUGGACCCAGUUCUGGAUUUGGGACAUCUGCCUUCUGUCGCUCCUUAGACUGGAGCAGCGGUGCUCCACCCGAGACUGGACCAUCAGUGUUUGGUACAAAUUCUGGAUCAGCUCCUGGGUCUCAGCGCAGCAGCUUGAUCCAAGAGUCCAACUCCAGUUCCAAGAUAAGUGAAGACUCCCCCAUGGUGGGUGAGAUCUCCCGCCUCUCUGGCCUCUCUAGGGCUGUUGUGGUUGGACUGAUGGAACAAGGUGUGGAGCUGGAUAUUGACUGCUUCCAAACAGAUACUGCAGGCGAGGUGAGGGGUCACAGUAAAACUCACCUGACAGCCCAGGCAGAUCAGUCACAUGACUAUACUAGACUGACCGACCUGAAUCCCCAGAGACCAAUACAGCUGUCUCUCAGUGUCACCCAUUCUCCACAGUCGCAGUCCAGCCUCACCCCUCCUCUCUCACACUCCAGCAGCCCCAUACACCCUUAUCAGUCCAUCCAUAUUCCCUCUCCCCACUACUCCUCACACUGCCAUUACCAGCAGAUCCCUUCCCCAUCCGACCUUCCCUCUUCCACAGCCUCCUCCCCUGCGUCCCGCCCCACCCCCAGGGGCCGCUCCCCUCCCCGGCCUCUCCAGCCAUCCCCUCUGGGUGCCACCCCACUCUCUGUUUUCAGACGGGAUGCACCCUUCCAGUGCUCCCUGCCUCGCACCAAUACAAGGAGCUCUCCUUUGGAGCAUGGCGGUAUACAUCCAAGGGGUGGAUCACUUCGGCAGAGUGGGGGAGGAAGUGGGGGUAGCGGCGGGUGGAAGAGGGUGGACGGGGAGGGGCUUUAUAGAGGAAAGCAUGCCUCCCACAAGUUGAUCAGGGCAGCCACAGUAAGCAGCUAUGCCAAGAGAGAGGACUGUAGCUCUGUUUGGGGUGAGGAGCAGGAGCGAUCAGCAGCCCGGACAUCCAGGAAGACCCCCAACAAACUCUGGAGGGGCUUUGAGGGACGCCUCUGGGGCAAAGAGUCAGAAAGUGAAAGAGAGGAGAUGGACAGAGCCGAGUAUGGCUACGGAUGGAGGAGGAACAGUGUUGGAAGCUGGAGGAGGGAGCAUCGACGGGUCAAGGCUUCAUCCAGCAGUAAUGACAAGAAGCCAAAAAUAGAGAACUCCCCCAUCUUCUCAAAGAAGAGGGGGAAGGAAGAUGGGGAGAGACGCAGCUCCAGCCUCAGGCUUUCCAGGAGGGCUUUGUUCAGGAGUGAGUCCCAAGGCUUGCUGGUACCUCGUAACCAAAGCGAGGAGCACACAAAGCGGGCACACUGGGUCUCCUCAUUAGACGUGGGGCAAGGUGGCAUGUACAUUGGCAAACACGAAGGGGUCAAACUGCUGAGAGCAAAGGAGGAAGACAAACGCCUGUCCUCCACCGCCAGCCUCUUUAACCUCUCUCGUUCUCAGAGCCUGGAAGGUAGCUGCCAUUCCCUCUCCCCUCUCUCCUCCCCUUCCUUUUCUCCAUCCCCUCCUCCACGAAUGCCCCUCCAGCGCUCUCGAUCACUGAGGGACUUGGGGAGGAGAGUGUUUGGUUCAAUGAGGUCCCUGAGUCUCAAACGGAAGCCAUCCAAGAAGUGACACUUGUACAAUAAAUGAACAUCACAGUAAACGCAUCUUCCAUGUGUUAAAUUCAGAACACCAGUGAUGGUUGGUGUUAUAUUUCAUGUAAAAGGAAAUGCCAUCAUUUUUAAUUUUUAAGCUUCAAAGAUUUGUGAUUGAUUAGACAGAUACACUGGUUUUAUAAUACUGGCCAUAACAUAUCUGCUAGACUUCAUCCGCCACCAAUAUGAUGGAUGUUCCUCUUAGGCACAUAAAGCCUAUAAAACCUGCUAUUAAUUUUGUUCUUGGCUCAUUCUAGUAAUGUUUUUGUACAUUUUUAAAAGACAUAGCCACUUUUUAUAGCCCCCCAAAAAACUACAAAAUGUCAGAGGCAUACUUAGAGUGCUUUGUAGCCAAACAAUUGCACCGUCUCCCAAAGUCUUUUCCUCACCGACAAUGUAUUAUUGUAAAUUGUGCACCCUACAGUAGCAAGCAAGAGCGCUGUAGGAUGUAGCAUGGACCACAGAGAAAUGUCAGUGAAGAAAACACAAGUGACUUCAUUUAGAGGUGAAAAAAUUACUUUUAGGAGCUGCAAAGAACUACAAACCUUCAGUCAAGUUUUUCAUAGUGUGAAUGCUGUUUCAAAAGGAUUUGACAUCUCAGCAGGAACUAUUCUGAGCUCCAUUUGUGGCUGAAAAGUAGUAGACUUAAAGAUACUGAAUGUGAACUUAUAAUAUUGGCUAUAAGCAGUUUAAUUUCGUACUGGUUGAAUCCUCCUGUAACCAUGAGUAUGAAUGUGUUUGUGUACACCCCUCUUCUGCAUGCUGCUCUGUGACUUGUUCAGUGAUUAUAACUAUUGUGAGAAUGUGAUAUUCCUCUGUUUAUGGGCAAUAUUGCCUCUGAAGUACAAUCAUAUUGGCCAGAUAAUGACCAAAACCAAGCAAAUACUCUUUAACUUGAUAUUGUGCUCAGGAUUUUCAAAUAAAUAGAAUGAUUAAAAUAUUGAUGAGUUAUUUGAGACAAAAUGUGGAUUCUCAUGGCUUAUAAUUAAUAAAAGAAACUUAUAACUAAA